UGUGUUAAAAGAAUGGCAAAAUAAAAACAGAAUAUCUAAUGACGUGCUCAGUAAUCAACUACAUAUACAAACAUAAUUUAUUCCCAAAUGAGUUUUAAUUUGUUUGGUUAAUUUCAUAUUUAAUAAGGAUCGAUAAUAGUGAGUGAAUGUAUAUAUGACACAUGUGCGUGCGUGGAUCCGUCGAUAAUCGCCGAUCGUCGUUAUCGCGUCCGUCGUGGUGUCCGGAGCGCUCGAGCGGCGGUGGCGGCAGCGCCAGCCUCACUCCAGCCUCGGGACGCGCCACAACCGGCUGCCUACUCAUCCCGAUCAGAAUAACAUCCUCGCUCUAUUAUCGCAGUUCCGUCUGCUAUCGAAUAACAACCAGUAAACUGGCCUUACACGACAUACCGCUUCUGCUGGUAUUUUAUUGUUUUCAGAUUCGGCAUGUAUUGUGAUAGCAGUGCCAGCAUCUUUCAAGAUGCACUUGUUAACGACCAGCUUCUGUUCGAGUACUCUCCGGUGGAAAGUCUCAUUAAUUUUGAACUACCCUCUAUUGAUUCGGACGUUAACGACUGGCAACUUAAUAACUUGGAUUUUCGUUGUGAUACGUUCGUGAAUUGUGGUAACGAUGUAAAUAAAGAUGAUUUCAACUUACUGGAUUGUUCAUCACCCGUGUUUGACUUUGAAGAUUUGGACAAGAGUAUAAUAGACGAAUAUCUACUUGAGGCUCUAAACAGUGAUCUUUCCAACGAUGCAUCGCAAUCUUUAGAAGAUUCGGCCGGCAGUAGCGAAUCAUUAUGUGUGUUGGCUACCCACGACUAUGUCACAAUGCACACAGGCUGGGAAAAGAAACAGGCUACUGCGGAAGAAAAUCUCACAAAAGUGCAAUCAUGGGGUGAGCCAAAGUUUUGCCCAGAGCUCGGAGCAUUUCGCUGUCCAGUGGAAGAUUGCGGAAAAUUAUACGCUAAGGCGUCGCACGUGAGGGCGCAUUUGCGUCGGCAUAGCGGCGAAAAGCCGUACCAGUGCACGUGGGGAGGAUGCGUGUGGCGGUUCGCGAGGUCCGACGAAUUGGCGCGCCACCGCCGCAGCCAUUCUGGGGACAAACCGUACAGGUGCGCGGAGUGCGGCAAGCGUUUCGCUCGCUCGGAUCACCUCGCCAAGCACGGGCGCGUGCACGCUCGCCGCGCCGCCGCUGCCGCUGCAUCCGCCGCCGCUGCACGCCGUAUCAACACCACACAACGGACUAGACGACUAUUGUGAUUCUGUAGUGCAUAGACCAAUGGACGUUAAUUUUAGUGGUGUAAAAUAAACUGAUGUAUGUAUAUUUAUUAAAAACCCAAUGAAUGUUAAAUAAUAAAUAAGUAAGUAUAAAACUUUUGAAUAUGUAAAUCGUGUAUUCAAAUGACAUUAAAAAUUAGGUACGUUUGUAAAAGACAUUUCUGAAUGUUUUGUAAAGACUACUUAAUACCAUUAGAUAACUUUAUAAUAGUAAAAUAUGAAAGUUACCUAAUGGAAAUAAAUAGUUCAAUAUCAAAAGAAGGAUAGGAUUAUAUCUAAUAUUAUAUUCUAUUAUUCUAAAAAGGUAGCAUAUGAAUGUUUGUUUGUUUGUAACGGAUAAACACAAAAACAAUUGAUUUUAAAAUUUCUUUCAGCUAUAGAGAUAAAUUUAUGAGCGAGUAAUAUAAGCUAUAUAAUUAUUUUCAAAAAUUCUAUCUACCCGUGCGAAGCCGGGCCGAAUCACUAUUAUUUAACAAUUAUGUAAUACACACCUACUAAUUAAA